AGGAUGGAGAUUCACGUUGAGGCAGCCAAUGCGGACAUGCUCCCGAAGGGUUGCUAUGUGAGCGUUCGCGUGGGGGACGUGUUGAAGCAAGGCAGAUACGAGCCACAACGAGCUUACAAUUUCCCUGGCAUCGACCGGCGGCGAGAUGUUCGCAUUGACGUCUACCAGCACGUUGGCACCUGCUUGCUGGCAGCGGAGCCAGACUCUUCGUCGGUUCACGACACCUUUGCCACCAGCACCCAUCCAGACUUUCCAGCCAUGAAGUUCAAGGUGAACGUGACAACCAAAACAGAAGAGGUCCAAAAAUCCAAGACGGAUCGAGCUGCCAAGAUGAAGGGCAAAGCCAAGGACAUCGAUCUGUCCGUUUCUGGUUAA